AUGAAUAUGUUGGAUGAUGAAGAUGACCAAAGCUUUCACGCUAAGCGUGACGGCUACUCCCAUUUGAGCGAUGUCGAAUGGGAUGCGGUUGAACGGAUGGGUUCAACCAUGGGCAUCCAUGAUUUUAGCGUCAUGCUAGAGGCUCUCAAUAGAGAUGCCCAACAUGCUACUAUCGCCAAGUUCAUUCAAAAUGAACUUGACGCUGAACGCGAGAAAGUAGCCUUGCUUCACCAACAAGGUUCUCAACAAUCAGAGUCGUUGAGAGAACAGGGUGCUCACAAGUUUGAACUGUUGAGACAGCAGCAGGCUGCUGCUGGUGGGUCGAUGCACUCGCGUGGACCCGGGACAUUGAAGAUUUUCAUCUCCAAGUAUAGGGGAGUCGAAGAGGACUCCCUCUUGAGAUGGUUCGUCGAAUUGGAUGACGCCAUAAGGGUGCGUCGCAUCGACGACGGGGAUAUGCAAGUUGCAUUUGCCCAAUCAAAUUUGGCAGGACGUGCCAAGACUUGGGCUUUGGGACUCAAGUUGCGCGACCCAUAUGCGUUUGGGUCGUUAGAAGUCUUCAAGUCGCGGCUCAGACAAACGUUUGAACUGCCUAGAGCUGAGUUCAGAGCUCGAACCGAACUCUUGAAGCUCUAG